CACCGGCCGGGGCGCAUACUACAACGACGCACCCCCGAGGCUGGACCGGCGACUCUCCACACGCCGCCACUUCGCUGUUUUCAAUCAAUAUGUUUAUUGGCAUCACCUCCAGUGGAGACAACGUCAACUCCCACUACGACUACCUGAUUUGAACACCGCAGAGACUCCUGCUGAAAGAACGAUUCUAUCAAAAUGGCUCUUGAUUUUGUAGCUGGAUGCAUAGGAGGCUGCGCUGGAAUUAUAGCGGGCCACCCUUUGGACACUUUGAAAGUGCACGUUCAAUCAGGGAGGGGUAGCGCGUGGGAAUGUACGAAGGCUCUGUUGAAAGGAGGAACAUUAUCCACUGCGUACCGUGGAGUCGGCGCACCUUUAGGAGGAAUAGCGGCGGUGAACGCCAUAGUAUUCGGGGCUUAUGGUAAUACGAGACGAGCGUUACCGAAUCCGGAUUCUUUGAAGACGCAUGCUACGGCUGGCUUCGCAGCUGGUAUGAUGCAAAGUUUCGCUUGCGCGCCUAUAGAACUUGUGAAGACGAGGCAGCAAUUGGCCCAACCUGGUGAUGCCAUCCCCGAGGGGGCGUGGUCAGGAGCGAGACAUGUUCUGAAGACUGGUGGAUUCAAAGCUCUAUUUCGAGGCUUGGGGAUCACCAUUGCUCGGGAUGCACCAGCUUUUGCGAUCUACUUCAGUACUUACGAAGCUAUGACGCGCGGAGAUCAAUCUGUUGCUAAAGUGUUUAUGGCAGGCGGUGUGGCUGGAACGCUGUCUUGGGUAGUGCUGUACCCGAUCGACGUAGUGAAGUCGAGGAUACAAGGAGACAUUGUGGGGCGAUACGCAGGAGCGUGGGAUUGUUUUAAGAAGUCAAUACAAGCGGACGGAUGGAAAUGUAUGGGGCGGGGUUUGGGAGCUGUAACACUGCGAGCGUUUAUCAGUAAUGGAGCUUGUUUCACGGCAGUAGCGUGGACGGAGCGUGCGUGGCAACAUUGCAACUCGGAGUCGGCUGUGCAGACGCUGGUGCAGGCGGCCGCCAUAGGCGAAGCUGUCUGUCAUGAUAACCCCGAGCGAUACUACGACAUGUAAUGUUACCAGUACUUAAAGUACAUUCAACUGAGUGAUAAUACAUCUAAAGAUAUUGCUCAAGUCAUAGUUGCUUACACAUUGUUUUGUUUUGUUGAGGUACAAUUUGGUGACCAUUUAUACGAGAAAUAAACUAUUUUAUAUAGUUA